AUGGGUAGGGAGGGUGGAAGAGACCACAUUGUUCUCACGGUGCAUAUUUUGUGGCAAAUCUGUAAGGCUAGGAAUGAUAAGCUUUUCAACAAUAAUAGUAGAGACCCAAUGGCAGUUGUUAACAAGGCAGUAAUGGAGUGGAAUGAGUACCAAUUGGCUCAGGAGGAAGGGACUGUGGAGGUGGGACAGAAACUUGGAGAGGCUGAGGUAAAGAGGGGUUGGGAGAGGCCACAAGGCAACUGGAUCAAAAUCAAUACUGAUGCAGCUCUACACAAGAAGACCUGCAAGGCUGGAUGGGGCAUUGUGGCAAGGGAUAGGAAUGGGAUGCUGUUAGGAGCCUGGGCAUGUCCAACUACAAAAUGUGCAGAAGCACAAGUUGAGGAAGCUUUGGCGAUUAGGGAGGCAAUGGUGGUAGCUAAACGUAAAGGGUGGAGGAUGGUGGAAUUCGAAUCAGAUUGUAAGGUGGUAGUCGACAAGAUCAAUGCACAUGAGGAGGAGAUUAGCAUAGCUACUAUACUGUUAGACAUAUGGCGGUUAAAAACUGAAUUUUCUAAAUGUUGUUUUUCCUUCACUAGGAGGUCUAACAACUCUGUUAGUCACCACAUAGCAAAGUAUGCUAUAGACCUGAUAGAUGUUGCUGAAUGGAAGUGUGACUUCCCAGCAUGGCUGCUAGAGUUAGCUCAAGCAGAUUUGGAGGAACGAAGGCUCUAA